AUGGCCCAGCUCGUGCCCUGGGAGGACAUCCACAAGUACCGCCGCCGCGGCCUGCACCCGAACAGGCCGCACGCGCGCCAGCAGGGCCAGUUCAGCGACACGUUCUUCCAGAACGCUGAGGCGUCUAAUCUGUACUACGACGCCGUGCCCGGCAUCGUGCAGAGCACGCUGGACGACAUCGGUGCCAUCACGGGACGCUACUACAAGAUCUUCGAUUACAAGGGCCAUCCAAAGGCUGAGCACGUCAUCGUGUCCAUGGGAAGUUCGUGCAACGUCAUCAACGAAGUGGUCAAGGCCGAGCACGAGAAGGGCGUCAAGGUCGGCCAGGUUAACGUGCACCUCUUCCGCCCGUGGGACAGCACAUCCUUCAUCAAUUCCCUGCCGCCCACCGUAAAGACCGUGACGGUGCUUGACCGCACCAAGGAGAGCGGCUCCCGCGAGCCGUUGUUCCUGGACGUGGCGUCGACGAUGCAGACGGCGCAGGUGCCGGUGACUGUGCUCGGAGGCCGCUACGGCCUGGGCCAGAAAGACUUGACGCCCGGCAUGGUGCUCUCCGUCUUCGAGAACUCCCGGAAGGAGAUGCCGAAGGACGGCUUCACCAUCGGCAUCGACGACGACGUGACGCACACGUCGCUGGUGCCCGAGGCGGAGCCGGUGCUGUGCCCGCCGGGGACCAAGCAGUGCCUCUUCUGGGGAAUGGGCAGCGACGGCACCCUCAGUGCCAACAAGAACGCCAUCAAGCUCAUCGGCACGCAGACCGAUCAGCACGUGCAGGCGCACUUUGUUUACGAUAGCAAGAAGGCCGGCGGCUGCACCGUCUCUCACCUGCGCUUCGGCCCCGAGCGCAUCGAGUCGUCUUACAACAUCAUGUCGGCGGACUUCAUCUCCUGCUCCCAGAGUACCUGGGUGCCGAAGUUCAAAGACCAGCUCUGGGCCACCAUCGCCCCAGGCGGUACCUGUGUUUUGAACAUCCGCCAGAAGACGCCCGAGGAGGUCUCGGAGGUCUUGCCAGCGGUCAUGAAGCGCAUCGCGGCCGAGCGCGACAUCAAACUUUACACCAUCGACGCGAACGCGGUCGCGAAGGCAUGCGGCCUUGGCCGGCACACGAACAACAUCUUGACCGCGGUAUUCUUCAAGUUGUCGGAGGUGCUCGACGUCGAUGAGGCCAUCUCCCUGUUCAAGGACUCGAUGCGCAAAAGCUACAAGGCCAAGGGCAAGGACAUCGUGGAGAGGAAUCUGAAGGCUGUCGACCAGGCGUUCGAGAACCUCCACCGAAUUCACUUCCCGAAGGACGAGUGGCUCUCUGCCGUGGACCACAAGCCCGUGGACCCAGGCCGCCCAGCCUUCUGCACGGAGGUCAUGGACAAGAUGAGCGCCCUGGACGCCGACAACCUGCCGGUGUCCGCCUUCGACCCGCGCGGCCACUUCCCGACGGCCACCACCAUGUACGAAAAGCGCAGCUUCGCCCUCUCGGUGCCCGUCACGGACAUGGACAAGUGCACGCAGUGCAACAAGUGUGCGGCGAUCUGCCCCCACGCGGCGAUCCGCCCGUUCCUUAUCACGCAGGUGGAGGCCGACAGGGCCCCUCAGACCUUCGAGAUGGUGAAGGCCAAGGGUGGCAUCGAGACCGCUGGGCUGAUGUACCGCAUCCAGGUGGCCCCGGACGACUGCACCGGCUGCCAGGCCUGCAGCAACACCUGCGGUGACGGGGCGCUCACGAUGACCCCGCUCCCAGAGGUGGUGAACAUGGAGCAGUCGAAUUGGGACUUCGGCAUCAAGCUUCCCGACAGGGGGAGCUACGUCGAGAAGAGCACUGUGAAGGGUGCCAUGUUCCAGAAGCCCAUGCUCGAGUUCUCCGGCGCCUGCGAGGGCUGCGGGGAGACACCGUACGCGAAGCUGGCCACGCAGCUCUUCGGGGAGCGUCUGCUCAUCGCGAACGCCUCGGGCUGCAGUUCCGUCUGGUCCGGCACCGCGGCCUUCAGCCCCUUCGCCAAGAACGAACACGGCCAGGGCCCCGCCUACGGCCGCUCGCUCUUCGAGGAUGCGGCAGAGUACGGUCUCGGCAUGGCCAAGUCCAUCAAGCAGCGCCGCGAGCAGCUGGUCAGCCGGGUGGACUCGCUGCUGAACGCCGAGGAGCACGAGCUGGUCCUCGGGCUCCUGCCCGCGCGGCUCCGGGAGAACAUGGCCGAGUGGCUCAUGCACAAGGACGACCCAGAGAUCUCGCAGCGCCUGGCCCGCGCCAUCAAGGAGGACCUGAAGGGCGUGCAGGACGGCACGCUCGCCUCCCCGAAGAAGGGGGGCAAGACUCUCGCGUCGAAGGCGGGCUCGAUGGACAUGUUCCGCAACAGUGUCACGGCGAAGGUGGACACUAACACGGAGAUAUUGAGGAGCGCGCCGAUCAUGCAGGACAUCUUCUCCAUGGAGGACUCGUUCGUGAAGGUCUCGCCCUGGAUCUGGGGUGGCGACGGCUGGGCCUACGACAUCGGCUUCGGCGGGCUGGACCACGUGCUUGCACAGUCGCGGGACAUCAACCUCAACGUCCUGGUCAUGGACACCGAGGGCUACAGCAACACUGGCGGACAGGUCAGCAAGGCCACCAACUACGGCAGCGUGCAGAAGUUCGCCCCGGCAGGCUACCGCCUCGCCAAGAAGGACCUGGGCGCCAUCGCCAUGAGCUACGAGCACGUCUACGUGGGUUCCAUGGCCAUCGGCGCGGACUACGGGCAGUCCGUGAAGGCCUUCCUUGAGGCGGAAGCGUUCGACGGGCCGUCGAUGUUGUUGGCCUACUCGCCCUGCAUCGAGCACAAAAUCCUCUUCCCACGCGGGCUGUCUCACCUGGAGAGCGUCAUGCAGGAGGCCGUCGAGGCGGGCUACUGGACGCUCUACCGCUACAAUCCCGCCCUGCGGGCCAAGGGCGAGAACCCUUUUAGGCUCGACAGCAAGCGCCUCACGCGCACCGUCGAGGAGUUCACUUCCACAGAGAACCGCUUCAUGACCCUCACCCGCACCAACCCCGAAAUCGCCGACCAGAUGAAGGCCUCCCUCCAGGAGUUCGUGACCCGCAGGCAUGACAAGUUCAAGCGGAUGGCGGCUGGCGAGGACGCGGGGCAGUCCGCGGGGGUGCCCCUGACGAUCCUGGUGGGCAGCGACACGGGGACGGCGGCCGAGCUCGCGCUGCGCACCAAGAAGAUGUGCGAGGCGCGCAACUACAACGUGACCAUCCUGGACCUGGACGAGAUCAGCAGCGUCGAGGACCUGUCCGAGCACAAGAACGUCCUGGUCCUCUGCUCCACCGCGGGCGAGGGCGACAUGCCUGGGACGGCCACCAAGUUCUGGGACACCUUCUCCGAGGGCACCUACGCGCCGGACGCGCUGGCGGGCAUGCAGUACCACGUGUUCGGCCUCGGCGACCGCGGCUAUCGCCACUUCAACAAGGCCGCCAAGCAGAUAGAUGCCAAGUUCGAGGAGCUGGGCGGCGAGAGACGACAGCCGGUUGGGCUGGGCGACGACCAGGACGACGACAAGUACGAGACUGCGCUGGACGAGUGGAUGCCCGAGUUCUGGAAGGUCCAGGACGCCCCGGAGCCCGCCGACGCGGACAAGAUCCCAGACCCGAUGUUCGAGCUCACCCCGGUGCCCUCCAACGAGUGGUCGUACCGUCAGAUCGCCCCCCCGGGCACGAAGAUGAUCACGCUGGAGCG